AUGGAAGAAGAAAGAAUAGUGAUGUAUCCAGCACCAGGAAUAAGCCACAUUGUAGCCAUGGUUGAACUUGCCAAACUCCUCCAAACGCACCGUUUCAACCUCACCAUCCUCCUCACCACCGGUUUCCUCGACCACCCCUCCGUCCACACCUACAUCCGCCGCAUCUCCGCCGAUCACCCCUCCAUCUCCUUCCUCCGCCUCCCCCACACCCCAUUCGUCGCCCCCCCAACCACCGUCAGCCUCGCCACCAGGGCCUUCGCCUUCAUCAAAGCAAAUGUUUCCCACAUAGCCACCACUCUUUCCCAAAUCUCCCAAACCACCACCGUCAAAGCAUUCGUUAUCGACCUCUUCUGCACUUCCGCCAUGGAAUCAGCUUCUUCCAUGGGAAUCCCAGUCUACUACUUCUUCACUUCCGGCGCCGCCGUCCUCGCGCUCUUCUCGUACUUUCCCAAAAUUCACGAAGAGACGAGCGUGUCGUUUAAGGAUAUGAUCGGCGCGGAACUGCACGUGCCGGGUAACGCGCCCUUGAAGGCGGUGAACAUGCCGGAACCCGUGUUGGAGAGGGACGACCCUGCGUACUGGGACAUGCUCUUCUUCUGCACGCGUCUUGCCAAAGCGCGUGGGAUUAUAGUCAACUCCUUCCCAGAGCUCGAGCCUCUGGCGGUUACUGCCGUCACGGAGGGCUCGUGCUUUCCAAACGCCGAACUUAGACCUCACGUUUACUAUAUCGGACCACUCAUCGCGGAACCUCAGCAAUCAGGAACGGAUAACAAAGAAUGUCUGAGAUGGCUGGAUGAACAACCGAGCAGAAGCGUGGUGUACCUGUGCUUCGGAAGCAGAGGAUCGUUCACAGUGUCACAGUUGAGAGAGAUAGCGAAUGGGUUAGAGAGGAGUGGGCACAGGUUCUUGUGGGUCGUGAAAAGGCCGGUAGAAGAGGAGGGAACGAAGCAGGUUCACGAGGCAGCAAAACCAGGGGAUGACUUCGACCUGGCGUCGGUGUUGCCAAAAGGGUUCAUGGAGAGAACCACGGGUCGAGGGAUGGUGGUGAAGGCGUGGGCCCCGCAAGUGGAGGUGCUGAGUCGUGAGUCGGUGGGUGUGUUUGUGAGUCACUGCGGGUGGAACUCGGUGUUGGAAGGGGUGGUGGCGGGGGUGCCGAUGAUUGCAUGGCCGUUGUAUGCAGAGCAGCACGUGAACAGGGAGGUGAUGGUGGGGGAGAUGAAGGUGGCUGUUGCGGUGGAUCAGAGGGAGGAAGAUGGGUUUGUGAGUGCGGAGGAGGUGGAGAAGAGAGUGAGAGAGGUGAUGGAGUCGAAGGAGAUCGGAGAGACGAGUCUGAAACUCAAACGCAUGGCUUUGGCUGCUGUUGGAGAAUCUGGAUCCUCCACAACAGCACUUGCCAACUUGGUUCAAUCCUGGUCCUGA